CAAAAAAAAAAAAAAAAAGUACUUAUUAGUCACCUGGUGUUUGCCAGGUGUAGUGCUAAGGGCAUUGCCAUGAACAAGACAUAGUUUCUUCUUCUAGGGCUUCUCAGCUAGCUUGGGGAGGUAGGUGAUGCAAAAGGGAAUGGAUAAACAAGAUAUGUUCAGACAGGGACCUCUUGAGGAGGUGAUGUUUAAGCUGAGGCCUGGGCAGAACUAGGGGAAGACUGGCACCAGGAAGUGAGAACUGCAUGCACAAAGGUCCUGAGGCAGGAUGGAGAUUUUUAAAGCUUCUGUGGCUGCCUUAGUGGAAGAAAGGUUUGCUAGGAACAGGAAUGGAGGUUGCAGAGACAGGGUAACAUCUAUGCAGGAGAUGGUAGGGCCUGGACCAGAUCAGGACACCCAAUGAGGGGCAGAGACUGCUGUCACCUCCAUGUAGUAGAGGAGAAAACAGGCAUAAAACCUUCUGAGAAAUGUGUUACUAGGGACACCCUGGAAAAGAGUCAGGUCAAAUCUAACUCUGACUCCUUGCCCUCAGCCCAGGUGAGGACAAAAUGAGAUGAGGGGAAGGACCCUGCUGUUGGGGAUGGCUGAGCUGAUUCCCCUCCUCUCCCAAGAAAGGGAGGCAGUUUGGGGGCUGGAACAGAGGCCACCAGGCUGCUUUGCUUACCGCUAGAGGGCAGCAGAGUCACAUCAACUUGGGCCAAGACAGGAAAUGUGUCAUUGCCUCUCAUGCUCCCUGCACCCUAGAGAUUGGUUCACAUUUGUCCCUUAGCUUCCAAAUCCUACAGGAUCCACCUUCUGCACCCCCUACCAAUCUCCCCAUUGCUCACUGUGCUCCAUCCAUGUGGCUUUCUGAGCUGAUCCUUCAGAAAGCAAGCUGGUUCAGCUCCAGGGUCUUUGCACUUGUUCAUCGGCCCAAAUCUCCAUUCCAUCCUUUCUUCUUCUAUCAUAUCUCCAUCAAGCCCGCAGAUGGAAAGUUUCCCCAGCCACCUGCUCCUUCCAGACCCCAGUUACAUCCAUUAUGCCUAUUUCCAUCAUUCAGACCCUGACAGGGGUGAGAUUUUCAUGUUUUCUUUUGUGAUUAUUGGGUUUUCACCAGAGGUUUGAGUGUCCCUGGAGGACCAGACCUGGAUCUGUCCUGCAUGUUGUAUUCUCUUGGCAUGGCCUGGUAUACAGUAGGUGCUCACUUAGUGUAUAUGUCUUGGAUGAAUGGGCAGCAGGUGGGAGAGCUGUAGUUGUGGAAAUGGUAAUCACGGUGGUGGUUUAGGAGUGGUAUUGAAGAAAGUUCAGAAUUGAGCCCUUGUGGACAAAGAGUCUGUUCCUACCUGGAAGAGCAUCGUCAAAGGAGCAUUCCUUCUGAGGCCUUGAAUGCCAAGGUCGGGAAGAAUGUGGAUUUUCUACCUAGGAAGGUCAGGAAGAAUGUGGAUUUUCUACCUAGAGCACUGGGAGUCAUACAGGGUGUGGGGAUGGAAGGGGCAUGGACAGUACAUGGGCAGGUAGGAAAGGCUAGGAUAAUCACAUUAACAAGGAGUUGGUGGGAGUGAUCUGUAUACUUAUCUGAGGCUUUGCCAUUUAUACAGUCACUAGCACAGGCAGAAAGAGGCAAAUGCCAAGGUCAUAGAAUGGGUCAGGGACAGGGUUAGGUUCUGGAGUCCUAGGAGAGGGAUUGCCCCCAAAGUGUGGUUUUGCUGUAAAAGCAUUAGGCUAUGGGGGGGGGCGUGUGAGCAGGGAAGGGGUGUGAUGUGGUGGGCAGUGGACUGGAUGCCAGAGAUUAGUGGCCUAGCCAGUGAUACAUUAUAGGCCCUUAACAUGGCAGCAGGCCCUCUGUUGUUGUCUAUAGCCCUGUUCUACAGAGGGAGAAACUGAGGCCAGACAGACAUAGCUGAAGCAGCUGCUGGUGCCAGGGCAAUGAGCAUAAGUGAUUGGGGAGGGGGGCUGUAGGUGUACCUGUGGCUGGGGAUGAGGAGAAGCUCCUUUAUUGAGUGUGUACACUGAUGUAUUCCCACACAUAUGGGGUGAGGGUUGCUUAACAUUUGGUAGCAGCAUGUAAAGUCCAUGGCUCCAUCCUCACUUGGGUCCCCACCUUGGGAGAAUUUGUCCCCUACACAGGACUCAGGACAAACACAUGGGGGUCAUAGGUUACUGUUCCUGCCCCUUAAUCUCAACCCACUUACUUUCCUCCAUGGUACUACCAUAAAUCAGUCUUCAAUGUUCCCCUCCCAAGCACUGUCCUAGCCUCCGGCCAUGAUCAUUUCUGCCCCUAACAAUUCCUACUCCCCAUAGCUGACAUAGGGGGAGUUUACAAACAUAGUUCAUAUCACACACACACACACCGCACUCAAACACCCUCAUGACUCCCCAUUUCUCCUACAGUGAAACCACAUUCCUUCCUGCAGCCCAAAAAGUCUACAUGGUUGGCCCUGCUGGCAUCUUCCUCUCUGUCCUGCAUUAGAGGACUAUGCCUCUUGCCUAGGACACUUUCUCCAAGGCAAACUCCUCUCCCUUCUCAAUGCUCAGCUGGCUGGCUGGCUGGCUGGCUGUGAGACCUUCUGGUUAAAAUUAGGCUUUCCCAGUGUUAUCUCCUUUGCUUUUCUUUCUCAACUUUGGUAUUUGGAAUUAUCUUAUUCAUUUAAUUGUUUCCUGUUUAUGCUAUGCCUUCCCCACCAAACUGGAGGCCCUGAGGGCAGGGAUUUUGUGUGGCCUGGUCCCUACUGUGUCCCCAGGGUUCAGGACAGGGAAAGGCACACAAUAGGUGCUCAAUAAAUGUUUGCUGAGGGAAUAAACUUCCAGAUAUGAGUGUUUCAAUCUGAGGUCUGGGGAAUCGGGGAACUUUCCUAGGGAGACACUGGCAGGAAGCGGGUAUCUGAGGGUGGCACUGGGCAUAGAGGGUACACGGUGAGACGUCUACAAGGGACUUGUGACGAGGGAUAGGCAAAGUUAGGGCUACAUACUGGGUGGCAGCAACUUCUCUGUGCCUCAGUUUUCUGGAUUAUCUCCUUUUCUCAGAUAUGGGAUCUGGGCUCCAGCAUCAGACUCAUCAGGCCAGGUCCAAACAUGUCCUGUGGCUCUCAGUAUGAUGCUGCUUCUGACUUCCCUGGGCUGUCAUGAGAAGAGGAAGCAUUAAUUCAGUACCUACUGUAUGAGACACUUCUCCUUCCAUAGUGGCUUCCAUAGUGAACAUGUACUGUACCCCUAACCCUGUACCUGGCACCUUCUUGGGUCCUCUGGCCAUGCUUCUUUCAUGUUUUCACUAUGGGGGGGGGGUGUGUUAUAGACGUGGAAAAAGAGGCCUGGAAGGCAGCCUGAUACUAACAUUUAUGGAGUAUUUUCCAGGUCCUCAUAUUUCCUCCCAUUUUACAGUUGAGCAGACUGAGGCUAGAGAAAUUCAAUCAAGUGUCUCAUUCCUGCCUGUAGCUGAUAAUGGCUUUUCUCAUCAGAUGUGGCAGAGCACAUCAGAUGCCCUGACUCAAUUUGACAGACACACCCUCUGUUGCACAGUCCAGUGCUGGAGAUGUUGGGACCCAAAGGAGCUCCAAGCCUAGAGAAGACAGAGCCUGGCAGAUGAGAGGUCUUUCCAAGAUUCAGAUGCUGAAUUUUGCCAGGCUGGAUUGCCAGAGUGGGUGGAGUAGCACAAGCCAGGUCAGGACACUAGAUAGUUUUUGAGUGCGGUGUCGCACUCAGAAGGGGCUAGCGCCCUCGAAGAGACUUAAAGGAGGCAGUUAUCGGAUGUACAUUUUUGUCAGAAAAGAGCAAAAAUCCCUGGCCAGAGGUUAAGUUACCGCCAACGCCGGGUCCCCAUCACCCGGGAUCAUAGCAACGCCCAGCCCCCGCCGCCCGCGGCCUUAGCAACGCCCCGCCCUUCUGCCCGUGGCUAUGGCAACGCCCCGCCUACUCACCCGCUAGCGGGCCCGCAGGCCUAGCUUCCGCGUCGUUCGCUCCGCCCUGACAGGCCCCACCCCCGCACUCGCUCUAGCGGGGUUCGCGGCCGCGCUCGGGGGCGCGCGCAUAUUCCUAGCUCUCCCCAUCCCCCGCGCAGCCCCGUGGCGCCCCCUCCCUCUGCCUGGCUUCGCGGGGCUCCCGGGGCCGUUCCCGCCGCCGUUGAGGUUCGCGCCCCGCCGCCGCCGGCUGCGCCCCCGCGCUUUCAGGGCUUCGGGCGGCGGCGGCGGCACAAAGGGAAGCAGCAUGUCCGAUCCAAGCUACUGGACGGCAGUGGCGGCUCCUGGUCAUCGGAGCCGCCUGGCCAAAGGCGCGCUGCUGCAGCGCUCCAAGAGGUAGGGGGUAUAGCGCGGGCAAAGGCCUGGCGACCGACUGAGCAAACACAAGUUGCCAGAAGUGUGUCCCAGCCGCGUGGCGGGGGCCACAGCAGGCUACCAUGCGGGGCGGCUGGGGGAAGAAGGGAGGACUCUUCGGAAUUGAGGCAUUCCCUGGGAUCCCUGGGAUCCCAGGCACCUUCCUUUUGCUCCUCCUUUCCUGGACUGGGGUGUCUUUCUGCCGGGGCCGGAGGUGGGGUGGUAACAGAGACAGCAGCGCGUUGCGCCUGAGUUAGGAUUUGAACCCCGGUCUCUGAGACUGGGCGGAACAAGAGAAGAGCUUCUUGGAAAAACUGAGGGUGAUCUGUCCCUGAGGCCCAUUCAAUAGAAAUGUUGACUCAGAAGCAAAUAUUUAGUACUGGAGGCUGCUGGAUGGAGUGUCAGGAUCCCAGAGGCAAAGCUUGGUCUCUGUUGGAGUCUCAGUUUCCCCUUCUGAAAACCAGAGAAGCUGAGAGAGGGCUGUGGAUUUGACAGGAACUGGGUUCAAAUUUCAGCACAGCCACUUCCAGGCUGUGUGACCACAGACAGUUCCCUAACUUCUCUGUGCUUGGGUUUCUCACUGAUGCUCAGCUGGCACAUACCCUGAAGGGAAGACAGGCAGUGUUUGGGCAGUGGGACCAGCUGCUGAAGGACCCUGAAUGCUGGAUGCAGGGCUUAGACUCCCCUCCAGAAUUCUGGGAGCUAUAGAGGGCCUCAGGGCUGGGGUGCAGGAAUCUCGCCUCAGGUCUCUGCUUGCUGCCAUAUUCUCAUUCUCUGUUGUGUCCUGGGUACCAGGGGGUGGUUUUUGAAGCACAACUUCUCAAGGUUCUGGGCCUCCUCCAGGGAGGGUGAAGCACACAGUUGGUCCUUGAUGUCCAGGAAGUGAAUGAAUGAACCUAGUUGUCUUUUUGAAUCCUUAAAUUUGGCUGUUUUCAAGAAGAUCUUGCCUGAGAGGAGGGAAGCCAAGCAGGUGUUUUUCCCAAAUGCUGUUGGAAGAGGCAAAUAAUGCAGCAAGAAUUAUGGGGUGCCAGAUGGGGGUGAGGAACCAGGUGAGGGACUGGGAGAGGAUAUGGGGAUUGGCAAGGGUGUGGUGUGUCUAUUGGGGGGAGCAAGCUGGCAGGAAGUUUUGCAGGAACCUGCGGGUUUCACUUUUGCUUCUGCACCUCAGGCUGGGACACAAUCCCUGUAGCUGGUGAUAACUUUGGUCUCAGUUUCCCAGUCUGGGAAGUGGAUGCAGCUGAUCUCUUCCAACUCCGAGGCUUAUCAGGACUGGCACAUGUUGAGGACUUGCCCUGUAAGCAUUGUCCAGGGAAAGACAACAAUGUAUGCACCUGCACCAGACCCAAAGCUGAACACUGUGGGUUUCAUCCUUCAAUAUAUACAGAUGGGGAAACUGAGGCUGAAGGGCAGCUAGCUACACAUGGAACUGUGCACAGGCUAGGCUGCUCCUCCCUGCCCAUCUUAUCACCUGUGCCCCUUGAUGAUCCAACUCUCCCAUGUUUUAGCCUGUACUGAACCUUCUGCCUGGGACCCCAUUCCUAUCUCGUUGAGGCCUUUAGGCCUUGUCCCUCCCUCCCUGUGUGGCUCUCCCCACUGAGCUGCGUUGGUGGCUUGGGGUGUGUGGGCUGAUUCGCUUCUGAGCAGAGCCUGAGCAGAACCGUUGCUGAGCGACUGUUCUGGAAGAGGGAGUUGGGAGGAUGGUGUCACUCUGACUUCCCUCUGUCAAGGUAGGGGCUGGGGCCAGGGCCCAGGAGAAAGAUGAGGUUGGGUAGGGUUCUCAAGGCCAGAGCCUGAGGUCUGAUGGCCAGAAGGGAGCUGGGGUAGAGAGGAAAAUUGGGCAAAACUUGGGCAGAACGGGCAGGGCUGUGAAAGAGAUUGCCUUUAGGGUUUUUGGUUGGGGCAGAUUGUCAUUUUAGGGAGAUCUUGGGGAGAAGUGGCUGCAGCACAGGCAGAGAUGUGGGAUGUGAUUGUGAACACAGAACCUGGAAAAACUGGGCCAUGGGCUCCUGGCCAUGUGCAGUAUCUACCACUUCAUGCUGCCACUGAUGACAAUACUGGCAAUGGUUUUAAUAAUAAGGAAUAUUUAUCAAGUGAUGACUCCCCACUGGGCCUUGAAGGCUGGGCUAAGGGCUUUGGGGAACUCACCUGGGGGCAGAGUGGGAGUGGUCACAUUCACCCUUCCCACCCUGCUCCAGAGCCAGCUGUUCAUGUGCUUUGCGCUGGGCACGUGGUCCUCUUGGCCAGCCAUCUGACCUCUCCUCCCCCUCACAGCUGCCGCAGUGGGAACCGCAAGAGCUUGGUGGUAGGAACACCCUCACCUACCCUUUCCCGGCCCCUGUCACCACUGUCUGUCCCGACAGGCAGCAGCCCCCUAGAUAGUCCUCGGAACUUCUCAGCAGCAUCUGCUAUCAACUUCCCCUUUGCCCGGAGGGCAGACGGCAGAAGAUGGUCCCUCGCGUCUCUCCCAUCUUCCGGCUAUGGCACCAACACACCCAGCUCCACUCUCUCGUCGAGCUCAUCCUCCCGGGAGCGCCUCCACCAGCUUCCCUUCCAACCAACACCAGACGAGCUGCACUUCCUGUCCAAGCACUUCCGCAGCUCAGAGAGCGUGGCUGAUGAAGAGGGGGGCCACUCACCCCGCCUUCGGCCCCGUUCCCGUAGCCUCAGCCCAGGACGUGCAACAGGGACCUUUGACAAUGAAAUUGUCAUGAUGAAUCACGUUUACCGGGAGAGGUUCCCCAAGGCCACGGCACAGAUGGAAGGUCGUCUGCAGGAGUUCCUAGAGGCCUACACACCUGGUGCCCGGCUGGCACUGGCUGAUGGCGUCCUGGGCUUCAUCCACCACCAGAUCAUCGAGCUGGCCCGAGACUGCCUGGCCAAGUCAGGCGAGGCCCUUGUUACCUCCCGCUACUUCCUGGAGAUGCAGGAGAAGCUAGAGCGGCUUCUGCAGGAUGCCCAUGAGCGCUCAGACAGUGAAGAGGUCAGCUUCAUUGUCCAGCUUGUCCGGAAAUUGCUGAUCAUCAUCUCACGGCCAGCACGGCUCCUUGAAUGUCUGGAGUUUGACCCUGAGGAGUUUUACCACCUGCUGGAGGCAGCUGAGGGUCAGGCCCGGGAGGGCCAGGGCAUCAAGACGGACCUGCCACAGUACAUCAUCGGGCAGCUGGGCCUGACCAAGGACCCCCUGGAGGAGAUGAUGCCACUGAGUCACCUUGAUGAUGAAGGACAGCCCCCAGCCCCUGAGUCCCCAGAGAGCCGUGCCCUGGUCAGCCAGUCACGGAAGAAGCCAUGUGAGAACGACUUCGAAACCAUCAAACUCAUUAGCAACGGGGCCUAUGGGGCUGUGUACCUGGUGCGACAUCGUGACACACGGCAGCGCUUUGCCAUCAAGAAGAUCAAUAAACAGAACUUGAUCCUGCGCAACCAGAUCCAGCAAGUCUUUGUGGAGCGUGACAUCCUCACCUUUGCCGAGAACCCCUUUGUGGUCAGCAUGUUCUGCUCCUUUGAGACUCGCCGACACCUGUGUAUGGUCAUGGAGUAUGUGGAAGGUGGCGACUGCGCCACACUCUUGAAGAACAUGGGGCCACUGCCUGUGGACAUGGCUCGCAUGUACUUCGCUGAGACGGUGUUGGCACUCGAGUACCUGCACAACUACGGCAUCGUGCACCGUGACCUCAAGCCGGACAACCUGCUCAUCACCUCACUCGGCCACAUCAAACUGACCGACUUUGGCCUAUCCAAGAUUGGGCUUAUGAGCAUGGCCACCAACCUCUACGAGGGCCACAUCGAAAAGGACGCCCGGGAGUUUGUGGACAAGCAGGUUUGCGGGACUCCUGAGUACAUCGCCCCUGAGGUGAUCUUCCGCCAGGGCUAUGGGAAGCCAGUGGACUGGUGGGCCAUGGGUAUCAUCCUCUAUGAGUUCCUGGUGGGCUGUGUGCCUUUCUUUGGAGAUACCCCUGAGGAGCUCUUCGGACAGGUGGUCAGUGAUGAGAUUAUGUGGCCAGACGGAGACGAAGCCCUUCCAGCGGAUGCCCAGGACCUUAUCACCAGGCUGCUCCGGCAGAGCCCACUGGAUAGACUUGGCACUGGUGGUACCCAUGAGGUGAAGCAGCACCCCUUCUUCCUGGCCCUGGACUGGGCAGGGCUUCUGCGACACAAAGCAGAGUUUGUGCCCCAGCUUGAAGCUGAGGAUGACACAAGCUACUUUGACACACGUUCAGAACGUUACCGCCACCUGGGCUCUGAGGAUGAUGAGACCAAUGAUGAGGAAUCGUCCACUGAGAUCCCCCAGUUUUCAUCCUGCUCCCAUCGGUUUAGCAAGGUCUACAGCAGCUCUGAGUUCCUGGCUGUCCAGCCCACUCCUACUUUCGCUGAAAGGAGCUUCAGUGAGGACCGGGAGGAAGGAUGGGAACGCAGCAGUGAGGUGGACUAUGGUCGUAGGCUGAGCGCUGACAUCCGGUUGAGGUCCUGGACAUCCUCUGGUUCCUCCUGUCACUCAUCUGUGUCUCAGUCUGAACGAGGGCCCAGCCCAUCUCUUCUGAACACCAUCAGCCUAGACACAAUGCCCAAGUUUGCCUUUUCAUCAGAGGAUGAGGCAGUGGGCCCCAAGAGGCCUGUUUUUGUUCUGGGGGAGCCUGAGCUACCCCCAGUGACCACCCCAGUGAUGCCCAAGCCCUCAAUCCUUUCUGCUGACGCAGCUGCCCUCAGCCAUGCCCGCCUCCGAAGUAACAGCACUGGUGCCCGACACUCUACACCUCGGCCCCUUGAUGUUGGCCGGGGCCGCCGUCUUGGAGGCCCAAGAGACCCAGCCCCUGAGAAGUCCAGGGCCUCCUCUGGUGGUGGUGGUGGCAGCAGCAGCAGCAGCAGCAGCAGUGGGGGCCGCGUGCCCAAGUCGGCCUCCGUCUCUGCCCUAUCCCUAAUUAUCACAGCAGAUGAUGGCACUGGUGGCCCCCUCAUGAGCCCCCUGUCCCCACGCUCACUGUCCUCGAACCCAUCAUCCCGCGACUCCUCACCAAGCCGAGACCCAUCCCCUGUGUGCAGCAGCCUGCGGCCCCCCAUUGUCAUCCACAGCUCAGGCAAGAAGUACGGCUUCAGCCUGCGGGCCAUCCGUGUCUACAUGGGUGAUAGCGAUGUCUACACUGUGCACCAUGUCGUCUGGAGCGUGGAGGAAGGAAGCCCUGCCCAGGAGGCAGGCCUUCGAGCUGGGGACCUCAUCACCCACAUCAACGGGGAGUCGGUGCUGGGGCUGGUACACAUGGAUGUCGUUGAGCUGCUGCUGAAGAGUGGCAACAAGAUAUCCCUGCGGACCACAGCCUUGGAGAACACAUCCAUCAAGGUGGGCCCUGCCCGGAAGAAUGUGGCCAAGGGCCGCAUGGCACGCAGGAGCAAGCGGAGCCGCCGGCGGGAGACCCAGGACCACCGGCGGAAGUCACUCUUUAAGAAGAUCUCCAAGCAGUCCUCUGUGCUGCACACCAGCCGCAGCUUUUCCUCUGGACUCCACCACUCACUGUCAUCCAGCGAGAGCCUCCCGGGUUCACCCACCCACAGCCUCUCCCCCAGCCCCACCACACCCUGCCGCAGCCCAGCCCCUGAUGCCCCAGCAGACACCACAUCCCCACCCAGUGCAUCCCCAAGCUCCAGCAGUCCUGCCUCUCCAGCUGCCACUGGCCACACCCGCCCCAGCUCCCUACACGGCCUGGCUGCCAAACUUGGGCCACCCCGCACCAAGACUGGCCGCCGCAAGUCUACCAGCAGCAUCCCGCCCUCCCCAUUGGCAUGUCCACCUGUCUCUGCACCCGCUCCCCGCUCACCCUCACCCCUGCCUGGACACCCACCAGCACCCACCCGCUCCCCUCGGCUGCGCCGGGGCCAGUCAGCUGACAAGCUGGGCACAGGUGAACGGCUAGAUGGGGAGCCAGGGCGCCGCAGCCGUGGGGCAGACUCCGAGCUGGUAGUAAUGCGGCGGCUGCACCUGUCCGAGCGCCGAGAUUCCUUCAAGAAGCAGGAGGCUGUGCAAGAGGUGAGCUUCGAUGAGCCGCUCGAAGAGGCCACUGGGCCACCUGCCUUGGUGCCACAAAUUGCUGUGGAGGGUGCCGAAGCUGUGUCAGGAGCCCUUGGACCCACUGGAAACGACUGAUUCCUCCCCGCCUAGUCACUCCCUGGCCUCAAAAGUCAUGUGUUUUUUGUGCAAUGUUUUUUCUGUAAAGUCAUACCUGGAUGGAGACUGAGUCACCAGCCUAGGACACCUAGAAGGCAAGAAGCCUUUCUUAGUCCUUGCUGGAAAGUGGAGAAAGCACUUCCUUCAUGUUCUGGUGUCAAUGGGGGUGAGGGGGACAAAGUGGGCAGGAAUGGGGGGAUGAGGGUAGCAUUGUAAAUAGCAGGAAAUCUCUGGAACUAAUUUAUUACUUUGUAUAGGCAGUAGCCAGACUGAGCUGCCCCUGUGAAGGCAGCUUGCCACAGGCACCUGCAGAUCCUGCCCUCUGGGCUGAAAAGGAAGCACUUUGGACAAGUCAUGUGUAUUUGUGUAUUCUAGUUUUUCUGUACUUGUUAAGCUUUUUGUGUUACCUGAUCCUGUCCCUGACCCAAGACCCACUGAUUGUGGGAAUGAAGCUGAGCUCAACAGUGCAGGCCUAGUAUGGAUGUGACUUGGAGAGUCUGUAAACAAUUCUCCUCCCCCAAGGCACUUCCCACUAGCAUAGUUGCCAUCCCCAGGCCUUCAAUCCUGCAGGAUUCAGCCUGGAGAAGGUGUGGGGGUUGGGGGUUUGAUGUACAAAUAGGUGCUUAUCAACCUAUUUGAAGCAGAGGGGUCAGCACUGCUGCUCUGGGAGACCCAAGCUUCACAGGGCACUGCCAAGACAGGAGAAGAGUAUCCACCCUGGACAAAAUCCAUGUGUUUGAGGCCCACCAGAGUGAGCCCUUGAUCAUGAUGUGUCUGAAACACCCUCUGAGGGGUUCCCUUGUGUGUUGAGUCUUUCUGGGAUAAGUGAGAAAACCCACUCCAAGCCUGGUUUUGAGUAUCAGCUUCAUUGUGUGACUCUGGGAAAAUGGUUUUCCCACUCUGUGCCUCAGUUUCCUUGUGUUUACAAGACUAAUCCCAAUGACUGUGUGUUAAGCACUUACUGUGUACCAAGCGCUUUUACUUGUAGCCUCUCCCUCAGCCUUGAAAAGGCUGGAGGCAGCAUUAUCAUCUCUGUACAGUAAGGGACGGAGAAUUUUCCCACAAUCACCUGGGGAGAAUUGUGACAGAAGGGAGCAUCAGGCAGGCCCUGUUGUGGGCAUUAUCAUCAAGGGAGCAUGAAUGCAGGGUCUGGCACCAGAUACAACAGACUUUAACCCCAGAUCUUCCCCACUGAUGGUGUGUGACUCAUGGGCAUCUUGGAAGUGGCUGGUGAGACUGCUUUGCCCCACUUGAUAGGAGCUCUGCAGGCGCCACAGCCACUCUACCCUUUUCUCAGUCCCCUGCCCAGCAAUGCCUAGUGUUGCAGGGCAGACCUAGGCUGUGCAUGACUUGCCCCAUCCUUCCAUCCUGGAGCUGGCAGUGAAUAAAAGCUUAUAUUUACAAAGA